AUGAAUCGCAGAACCAGCGCCGCACUUCGUGAGGACAUCGAUGCUCCCCCAGUACAGCAGCCUUCAAAGAAGGUCGCACCCGACGUGGUCAAGCUUUCGUAUUGGGGGUUUGCGCUUUGGUGGCUCAUUAUCCUAGGCGUGCACGUGGUCACCAGCGUCUACAAUGCCCUGUACGCCUACUGCUACUGGAAACUGAAAGACGCCUCACUUCUCGUGUACCUGGAGUUCUACCACAUCGGCCUGCCGCAGGAAUACCAUAGCACAAUUGCAGUCGUCCAUGCAGUCAUGUCUGCAGUGCACGGAGUUUGUAUUCUUCUAAUGCUAGGGGGCUCUCUGUGGCAAUUGUCACUAGCGUUCUCUCCGUGGUGGGACAGCUCCAUCGCCCAAAUAAACAACACAGCGAAGACCAAUUCCGGAAACGCUGGAACGCGAAAAAGUAGUAUUAUCACCACGGGAGUUGUCAAGAUUUGGGGUCGACACGGAUUUUGUGGAGUGAACGGAGCUCAUUUCUACGAAAUUCUCAUCUGGCGUGAGGUUAUCGAGACCACCUUUCAGACAAUCCAAGCCUACCGCAUGAGUGUGCUGUUACCUAGGACGGUGCUCAAUCGGUUCUACGUUUUCUUACUCGCAGUCAACUGUUGGUCGUCCAUCAUUGUCCACUCAGUGUUUCGCAAGCGAGGGGAAGCGCAGAAACGACUGGCUUGCAUUGUGUGUGACUGUAUUCUGGACCUCGUCGCGUGUAUGGGCAUCGUGCUGAUUAUUCUGCUCAGUUAUGCAGCCGCCUACAAUCGUGAGACUCUAAGUUUCGACUACGAGUACUGGUGGAACGACGAGUGGCUCGCUCGAGCUCUGAACGAUUUUCAAAUGGUCGUAGUAGUUUCGUGGUCAGACCUUGCAAGUCGCUCCAUCUUUUCGCUUAGCUUGGUCGUGGCGACAGCGGACAUGAAGGAUUUACUGCGAUAUCUAACGAGAGAUACCAAGCGUGUUUCUCAAUCGUGA